AUGAAUCUUGAGGCUAAAAGACUGAGUUCUGUCACAGAAUUACCAAAUGCUCACAACAUUUCCAGUUAUUCCGGGUUUUUAACAGUAAAUAAAAAACUCAAUAAUAAUCUAUUCUUCUGGUUCUUCCCAGCUUUGAAUAACGAUAAGACAGCGCCUGUGAUUCUAUGGCUUCAGGGGGGACCGGGAUGUUCAUCAAUGCUCGGCCUGUUCACAGAAAUGGGACCCUUCAAACUGGACGAUAAACUCAAUUUGGUGGCCAAUAAGUACUCGUGGUCUCAAAACUAUUCAGUUUUAUAUAUCGAUAGUCCGGUGGGAACCGGAUUUAGUUACACAACUGAUGCCAUGGGUUUCGCAACCAAUGAGCAGAAUGUGGCCGAAGAUCUCUAUAACGCUUUGCAACAGUUUUUCAAACUAUUCGCUGAAUAUAAAAACAACGAGUUUUAUGUGACGGGAGAGUCAUAUGCGGGAAAGUAUGUGCCGGCGAUUGGAUUCAAAUUACACCAAAUGUCGGCCACUUCUGGCAUCAACUUCAAGGGUAUAUCCAUUGGGAACGGAUGGAUAGAUCCGCUGUCAAUGUUAGACGUCGGCUCCUAUUUAUAUCAAACGGGACUCAUCGACAAAACACAAUUAAAUCAUUUCUAUGACAUACAAAACAAAACCGCAGUUGACAUCAAACAAAAUAAAUAUCGCGAGGCUUUUGACCUUUUUGACCAACUCCUUGGCGGAGAUGUGACGAGUGAAUCGUAUUUUACAAAAGUUACCGGUUUUCACUAUUAUCUCAAUAUUUUGCAAAGUAAUGAACCGAAAGGUGCCGACGAUUUUGCAAAGUUUUUAAACUUAAACACCACUCAAGAGGCCAUACAUGUGGGCUGUACUGCAUAUUCGUCGACAAACACAACAGUUUUUACUUCUCUAACCGAAGAUGAAUUUUCUUCAGUCAAGCCCUGGUUUACAACACUUAUCGAUAAUUAUAAAGUACUCAUAUAUAGCGGUCAAUUGGAUAUUAUCGUUGCCACGACUCUCACCGAGAAUUUUCUUCAAAGUUUAGAGUGGAAACAUUCAAAAGAGUAUUCAAAGGCCAACCGAUUGGUCUGGAAGUUAGAUAAGGGAGACACAGAAGUGACCGGUUAUGUGAAACGUGUGGCAAACUUUACCGAAGUUAUAGUCCGAAAUGCUGGACAUAUGGUGCCUACGGAUCAGCCCAGGGCUGCGCUCUCUAUGAUUGAUAAUUUUAUUAGAGACUUACCAUUUGAAUAACUUUUUAAAGUUAUAAACUAUUUAUAAGUCAAUAAAACAUGAAUGAACAUUUAAA